AUGGCGCGACUAUCGAGUCGCAAUGGCGCGGCCAAGCCGUUCACUGCUUGGACCACUGUCUUCUACCUCCUCCUUGUCUUCAUUGCGCCUCUGGCCCUUCUCGGAACAGCACACGCUGAGGAAGACUCAGUACAGGACAACUAUGGCACUGUCAUCGGUAUCGAUCUUGGAACAACUUACUCCUGUGUCGGUGUGAUGCAGAACGGAAAGGUUGAGAUCAUCGCCAACGACCAAGGAAAUCGUAUUACUCCCUCCUAUGUCGCCUUCACUGAUGAGGAGCGCCUGGUUGGUGACGCCGCCAAGAACCAAUACGCCUCGAACCCUACCCGGACCAUCUUUGAUAUUAAGCGUCUGAUUGGACGCAAGUUCGAUGACAGGGAUGUCCAGAAGGACGCCAAGAACUUCCCCUUCAAGGUUGUCAACAAGGAUGGCAAGCCUGUCGUCAAGGUCGAAGUCAACAAGACCCCCAAGGUCUUCACCCCCGAGGAGGUUUCCGCCAUGGUUCUUGGAAAGAUGAAGGAGAUCGCUGAGGGCUACCUUGGAAAGAAGGUUACCCACGCGGUUGUCACUGUUCCCGCCUACUUCAACGACGCCCAGAGACAGGCUACCAAGGACGCUGGUACCAUUGCCGGCCUGAACGUUCUCCGCGUUGUCAACGAGCCCACCGCCGCCGCUAUCGCCUACGGUCUGGACAAGACUGGUGAUGAGCGUAUGGUCAUCGUGUACGAUCUUGGUGGUGGUACUUUCGAUGUCUCCCUCCUGUCCAUCGACAACGGCGUCUUCGAGGUCUUGGCUACUGCCGGUGACACUCAUCUUGGUGGUGAGGACUUUGACCACCGCGUCAUGGACUACUUCGUCAAGCAAUACAACAAGAAGAACAACGUUGAUGUCACCAAGGACCUCAAGGCCAUGGGUAAGCUGAAGCGCGAAGUCGAGAAGGCCAAGCGUACUCUGUCUUCCCAGAUGUCCACUCGCAUUGAAAUCGAAUCCUUCCACAACGGCCAGGACUUCUCGGAGACUCUCACUCGCGCCAAGUUUGAAGAAAUCAACAUGGAUCUGUUCAAGAAGACCCUGAAGCCCGUUGAGCAGGUGCUCAAGGACGCCAAGGUCAAGAAGUCUGAUGUCAACGACAUUGUUCUGGUCGGUGGUUCCACUCGUAUUCCCAAGGUCCAGGCUCUCCUCGAGGAGUUCUUUGGUGGCAAGAAGGCCUCCAAGGGUAUCAACCCCGAUGAAGCUGUCGCUUUCGGUGCUGCCGUUCAGGGUGGUGUUCUCUCUGGCGAGGAAGGUACUGGCGACGUCGUUCUCAUGGACGUCAACCCUCUUACCCUGGGUAUUGAAACCACCGGUGGUGUCAUGACCAAGCUCAUUCCCCGCAACACUGUCAUUCCUACCCGCAAGUCUCAGAUCUUCUCGACCGCCGCUGACAACCAGCCCACCGUUCUGAUCCAAGUUUAUGAGGGAGAGCGUUCUCUGACCAAGGACAACAACCUUCUCGGCAAGUUCGAGCUGACUGGUAUCCCUCCUGCCCCUCGUGGCGUGCCUCAGAUUGAGGUCUCCUUCGACCUGGAUGCCAACGGUAUCCUGAAGGUUAGCGCCAGCGACAAGGGUACUGGCAAGGCCGAGUCCAUCACCAUCACCAACGACAAGGGUCGUCUGUCCCAAGAGGAGAUCGACCGCAUGGUCGCCGAGGCUGAGGAAUUCGCCGAGGAGGACAAGGCUAUCAAGGCCAAGAUUGAGGCCCGCAACUCGCUGGAGAACUAUGCCUUCAGCCUGAAGAACCAGGUCAACGACGAGAACGGUCUUGGUGGCCAGAUCGAUGAGGAUGACAAGCAGACUAUUUUGGAUGCUGUCAAGGAGGUGACCGACUGGCUGGAGGACAACGCUGCCACGGCCACCACCGAGGACUUUGAGGAGCAGAAGGAGCAACUGUCCAAUGUGGCCUACCCCAUCACCAGCAAGCUGUAUGGCUCUGCACCGGCAGAUGAGGAUGAGGAGCCCAGCGGACAUGACGAGCUGUAA